UGUGUCGAGUUUUAACGUCGAGUCUCUGUUUGAGCGUCAAAAUGGCUCCUCGUUGGAUUCAAAUCUGGUUGCUUUCGCUCAUAUCAGUGAACAUCGUCACUGCAUCUUCCAACAAGCAGUAUGGAAGUCUAUCAUUCGUCAUAGAUGAUUCUGCUUCCAUGCAAAACGAAAUAGAACAAGUGAAGAAUGCUGUUAACAGGAUCAUGGACAUAAUUUUAAACAAAGCAUCGAGCCAGAUUCAAGAUAUCGUGUUAGUAACUUUUAACGAUCCAGCGUAUUUGACUCAAUUACUCAAGAAGACCAGAGACAGAGAACAAUUAAGGCUAGCUUUACACGGUAUCAGAGUCCACGGUGGUGGAGAUUGUCCAGAAUACUCACUCACAGGCUUAAAGAUGGCGCUUGAAAAUACUCUUCCAAACUCCAUAAUAUUCGUGUUCACUGACGCUUCUCCAAAAGACAAGGAGCUUACUCAAAAAGUGAUCAGACUCGCACAAUCGAAGAGCAGUCAGGUUAUCUUCAUUCUCACUCCGGCGCCUGCGUAUUGUAAAAGGUAUGACAGAGAAGACAAUUUUAGACCCUAUACUGAGAUUGCUGCUAAUACCUUUGGGCAAGUCUUCAAACUGGAAAACAAGAACCAAAUUAACGACAUAUUACACUUCGUAGACACAGUUGUUGCUGGUAAUAAAGAUGUGAUAACAAGUGUUACUGUACCACCAAACACACAAACCUACAUACCGUUUGCAAUUGACGACCAAACUGAAUACGCAAUAAUAUCUGCUUCUGGAAAAGAUGUUGAAUUAGAUAUCAUCGAAGGACCAACAAGGAACUACGAAAAAGUAGUAUGGCUGAAAAAUGCAAAGGUCGUAAAAUUGAACAAUCCUGACCCUGGCCAAUACAAAGCUAUCGUUAAAGGGACUGCCACUACUACAGUCAUGAUCUUUGGAAGAACAGACUUUACUUUCCAACACGGAUUCCAUGAGAAUGUACCAACGAAAUUCAAUAAUGAUAGAAAACAACCAACUGAAGGUACAAAAUACCACUUGUUGAUAUCUGUAAAUGAUCCCACAAACUCUGUUAACAUACAAACAGCUGAAAUAUUAAGUACUGCAGAAAAUGUCCUUAUUCCACACCUGAAUUUGAGGAGGGUUUCAGAAAAUUAUUAUGCCACUGACUUAUUUACACCACCAAGCUCAACAUUUUUAAUUGCGAUAAGCGGAGUAGGAAAGAAAACAGGAAAGGAAAUUCGGCGGAUUGCCAAAACUCCCAUUGAAUCUAGACCACCAAACAGCGAUCCAAUAAUUUCAAUAGAGGAACAAGGCUCGCAUGAAUAUGAUAGUGAACUGUCGUUGACUUGCAAAGUGAAAGCUUAUCCGAAACCUACAAUAACGUGGAAGGAUAGUUUAGAGAAUGUUAUUCCUAGUACGACAAACACAUUAUCCAACACACAAUAUGUCAGUACGACAAAAAUACAACACCUGAGGAAAUCGCAAACGUAUCGUUGUUACGCUGAGAAUGACAUCGGAGAAAGCAGUAAAGGAGUUGAUAUCAAUGUCAAGUCUCCACUUCGUAUAUUAGAUGGAUAUACUGAUAAAGGAAACGUUAAUUAUGGAACAUCAGCCACGUUGUAUUGCAAUAUAGGAUCAAAUUACGCCAUCGAACGAACAUGGUAUCAAGUCAAAGGGGGCACUCGUAAUAAGAUUGCACAAUCAGACAAAUAUAAUGUGAAUAAUUAUGAACUAACCAUUAAGAACGUUAACGAGAACGACGAGGGAAAAUAUGUAUGUGUUGUGACGCUAAGAGAUGAUAAAGAUAUGAAACACGAAAUAGUCAAGGAUGUCAAAAUUAACCCAGUUGCUCCUGUAAUGGGAGAACCAACCAAGAUGCAAGUGAGGGUUAAGGAUUCUACUACCAUAAAGUGCAACAUCGUCGAAGCAUAUCCAAAACCGAAAGUGAGUUGGCAGUUUAAAAAAUCAGGCACAAAUGACGUUCAAACAAUUCCAAACCCUGGUAACAACAAGGAACUAGUAAUUAACAAUGCAGAUUUGAAAGAUGCUGGAAAUUACUAUUGUAUUGCUGAAAACUCUAAGGGACACGCAUCGCAAGAAUUUACCCUUACCGUUCUAACUGCACCUAGGGUCACCUUACAGGCCAACAACUUGGAGAAAUCUCCUGUUAAUAUUGCUUACAAUGGUGACGUAAAAUUGACAUGCGUCGUCACCUCACAUUCUACGCCAGUAAUAAAAUGGAGAAACAGCAAAGGCAAUGAAAUAGCCGCUGACAAACCCGUGAAUUCGAAAUUCAACGAAUAUACCAGUCAUAUUACCCAAUCGAAGAUAUUAAGAUCGGAAAGGUAUUCUUGCGAAGCCGUAAAUGAGAUCGAUAAAACCAUAAAACAAGUUGACGUGAAUUUGAUAAGUCCUUUCCAAAGCAGUUCUAAGGAUAAUAACACUGUAAAGGGCGUUAAGUACGGUGAAACCUCUGUCAUAACAUGUGACAUAGUAUCAGCGUUCCCUAUGAAAUUCACUUGGGUUCAUAUAGUUGGUAAACCACAAAAAACUAUAGUGAUCGAGAAUUCCGAAAAAUAUGUCGUUUCUAAAGAUGGCAAGGAACUAAAAAUUAAAAAUAUUGAGCUGAAUUCAGAAGGGCAAUAUAAGUGCUUAGCAGAAUUGGAAAAGGAUCCAGAAAUGAAGGAUUCUCAUACUGUCACAGUUAAAAUAACAGAUUUAGCUUCUCCUGAGAUAGUUAAGCAACCAUCGACCAUAAGAGUAAACGUUACCAAUGAUGUUACUUUGAAGUGCAAAAUUUCAAGGGGAAAUCCAAAGCCUACAAUAAUGUGGUCGGUACAGAAAGAUGGUAACGACAAGUAUGAAGCUCUUGUAAAGGAAACUAAAGAGGAACUGAUUAUAAAGAAAACUAUUUACCAAAACACUGGAAUGUAUAAAUGUGUAGCGAGCAACGUCGUGGACAAAGAUGAACAGAUAACAGAAUUAAUUGUCGAAGGACCACCCGUAAUAACAUCGGAUAAUUCAAUUACGUACACUGCAUUGCAAGGUGACAACUCUCUACGGAUACCUUGCGUUGCUAUUGGGUAUCCCAAACCCACCAUAUCCUGGACAUUAGGAAACGGAACUGCAAUCACUGAAAAUUCAAAACUGACGGUUGAUAACGGCGACCUUAUUAUAAAUAAACCUACAGAAUCUGAUACCAUGAACUACAGUUGUAAUGCUAAGAAUAACCGUGGUUUCGAUUCUAUGGUUUUCGACGUUUACGUAUCAAUGUAUAUUGACUUUGAUAAGGAUUAUGGCAACAUUACGUAUAUCUAUAUGAAGAAUGGCGAGUCAAAAGACUUGAAAUGUGACGGCAGAUGGUUCCAGUCUGGUACACCAACCGAAGUGGUAGGAACAUACUCACUUAAGAAUGUUAAUGUGGAAAACGACGGUAACUACACUUGUCGCAGUAGUGACAAAAUUCCACCAAAGUCCCAUACAUACGUCGUCGAUGUUGGUUACCAACCAAUACUAGAUAAUAAAGAUAACCAAACCGUGGAUUGGAAAGGUGAAAAUAAUCGUCUUGUCUGUACCGUUGAAAUGAAGCCAGAUACAAGAACAGUGAAGAUUGAAUGGCUAUAUAAUGGCAAAGUCACUGAUAUUAAAACUCAAACGCACCCAAUAUUGGGAUGGGGAGAUUACAGCUGCACAAUCAGCAACUAUCACGGAACUGUGUCCAAACAUUUUAAAGUCAUCUCAUCGGGGUGCUUGAUAGAAACUAAACCUGAAGUCGGCAAGUCGCCUCUUAUAUUAACACCGUCAGGUACCUGGCCAUAUGUUAAGGGUGAAAAUAAAUUCGUUUAUGUGAAACACAACACAAAGCUACUGCUCACAUGCCACAGCCAAGCUAACAAACCAAAUACAUUCGAAAAUUUACCAGAAAAAUCACACGCCAUUGUCACUUGCGACCACGAAACAAGUUUCUUGAUCAAUGAUAAACCUUACAAAAUUUCGGACCUGCAAUGCAAAUCAGACACAACACCAGCAGUACAAAAAACUGGAGAACAAUGCGCAGAUACAAAUUCAGAAAUCGUCAAAGUCGGAUAUAAUAUACCAGAGGCUAAAGGCAAGUUCUUGGAAGUAUAUUCUCUAUGCGUUGACAAGGAUCGCAAUGUUCCGUUGUACACUAAAGUCACGAUGCGACGACCAGAGAAUUCUUUGCCUUUACCUAAAAUCACGUUAGACAAGUGGCUAAAGUAUGGAUCACACAAAGAGAACAAUUCAGACUACUGUAGUGUAACGUCUGGAUGUUGCUUGGAAGAUUCACAGUUAGUAAGCACAAUGGACGUUCGACAAGGCCCACCACAAGUGGCUACACUCGUUGAAACCUCAAACUUUGUACCAGUUUGGCGUGAUUGUGGACAAGAUGUCACUUGGAGCGAUUUGGACAAAUCUUUAAGGUCUCGAGGCUUUUCGGCUCUCUCGACCUUCGAAAUGUGGUCCGGGGCGGAGAAAUAUGUUGAAAAGAACCACAUAUUGGUGCCUCGAUAUCUAUGGAAGGUGCUGAAGCUUACGGCGCGGAAAAUAUAUGUGGUAGUCCAGGUCAACGACCCGUCACCAACUGACGAUGACAUUCUGUGCAGCGAACCCUGUGAGGACUUCAUACCGUAUAACAAAUACACCUAUUGCUGCAAUGUUCCAGAAUUCAAGAAGACGUUCUUCCAUAAUUAUAAAAUGCUAAUCUAGAAAUAGAAACCAGUAUAAGACCUUCUUUUAAUGGAAUAUAAAGUAGUCAAAUUUCCUAUUUGUUCAUUGUUGCGUAAAUCUGAAUUUUAAUUUAAAUGAAAAUCAAAAAAGUAAAUUUUCGUAAUAACAAGACAAAAUUCAAGCUUAUUUUUCUUAUUGAUUCCAUUAAGAAUUUGAAUUAAGUAAUUAUUUUU